AUGACCCAUGGGGCGUUCGCUGCAUUGGUGUUCGGAUGCCUCUCCGUUCCCGGGGCCUGGUCCAAAAUAGUUACAAACCAGAGCCCUCAAGGUCCAGGCGAGGCUUGGCUGGGCAUCAACGGCGGGCACGCGGGGAAUUAUAACGACAGCCUAGGACGGCUGUGGUACAAUUCUGAGACGCCUUACAGCGCAUACACCUGGGGCGGCUACAUUGGCGCGAAGCCCAAAGCAUGGUUUCGAGCCAAUUGGAUCGAUGGCAACGAGACCCUGGGCAAGCACACAUGCCGCAAUUGGCCUCCAAGCUACGAUCAAGACUACGAUGCUCUUUUGCACCACUACAGCAGAGAGAGCACUUGGACGAAUCAGACUUUUCGGGUAAACCUCCAGGCAUCCGAUGCUCCGGUGAGUUUCUACACCGUCAGGUACACUUUCUGUGAAACGAAAGACAGGGGUGGAAAGAAGUGGGACAUUGUGAUCAAUGGGAAGACUGUCAAAGAGGGCUAUGUCGGUAAGUGGGCUCAUCACCACACGGAUAUCUACGACUUUAAGUGCAUUCCCACAAGGGCUGGCAUGAUCGAGGUCUCACUCGUGGCCAAGGACAGCAAUAAGCCCCAGGCCAGGUUCUCCACCUUGGAGUUUGUCAAGUCCACGGAGGGCUGCGGCGAAUGCGAGGGCAGGCGAGGACACGACAAAAAAAAACGUCAAAGCUUUGAAGUACGCCCGGUUUGCCCCGGCUUUGCCCCGAGGUUCUGUGGCAAGGGCUUGUGCACUGCCUCGAGUUUCUAUGAUCGAACGUUGGAGGGCGGAUGGGGGGCGAGGUGGACGUCGCUUCUCCCGAACCAGUUUGAAACGGAGGAGCCAGAGAGCCUGUUGGCGUGUGCUUGUGAUGAAGGAGUGGGAGGCGAUUCUUGUGAGGUUGGCGUUUGCGCAACAGUAAACUGCAACGAACCCUUCGGGGGUUUCUGCAACGAGACUGGCAUUUGCACCUGCAUCAAUGGCUACCACGGUGAGCACUGCAACAUCAGCCCCGAGCUGGACCAAUUCGGCUGCUAUGAGGACCACAUGGUGUCGGGCCGCCUGACGGUCUCCACUGUGUGCCUGCCCGAGCUCAUCGCUGGCCCGGCUCGCCAUGGCAACCUCUUCCGCGGGCCUUCCCAGAUGAGCACGGUUUCUGACAAGGUGCGGCCGGACUACGUGUACUUCUCCUGGACAGCAGACGUUCCGUAUGGCAGGCCUGACGUUGCGCCGGGCAGCGAGGGCCGAGUCUACGUCAGCAAGCUCAAGGUGCCUUGGAAAGGUGCACCUGUCUUGGAGGAGAGCUUUGCCUUUGAAGGCUUCGUCCGUGCAGGCGGCAUUGAUAUGACAGAAGACGGAAUCCUGGGCACAAUCUGCGCCAAGUACUGGCAACCUUGGGUGGAUAACAAGAACAGCCACUUGGACAAAGUGGCCAUGGUGGUGGCUGUGUGCGAAGUGAACAGCAGCACCAUGGAGAAGCACAGGUUGCCGUGGCAGAUUGGCAAGCAAUACCAGGAGACAGUCACUGCCCCAAACACGGGAAUAUGGGGCAGCUAUCCCACGUCUGCAUGGUGGGCUCAGCGCUCCGCAGGCUACGGCUACCUGCUGUAUGCCCCGGAACAGCGGAUGUGGACGGCCUGGUACGGGGCCACUGUAGAUCACCACACCGGCUAUGCUAUGCACACCUACCACCGCGAUGCGCCAGGGAUCAGCGACGAGGAGUACGCGGCCUACAAGUACCCAGUGCCUCGGGACAUGGUGGAGCCCCGCCAGGAAGCGGAUGGUCCUUGGCGGGACCACCACCGCACGGGCACAGGCGAUCACCAGAAGUCAGCGGCCUGGGCAUACCACCCUCUUUUGAAGGACAUUGGCCUCUACAAGCACGAGUAUGGCCCUGCAAGAAUGCAGCAGUAUGGCCUGGCGCAGGAGCCCAUCGGGAUGUCGCCUGCCGGUAACUUCCGGUAUGUAGGGCACAAAGGCGGCAUGGAUUUGAAGUUUCCACAAGAUGAAGGCUAUGAUUAUGGCUACGGCGACGAUGAGUCCGACAAAGCCUUGCAAGCCAAUGCCAUUCGGCCAUGUGGGGAGGAUUGGAUCCUGGCGUUUCCUUCGGACAAGGGCAACGUUUGCGCGCAGAUCACACGGCUCGGCGAGAUUAACAUCUGGAAGGUCAUCGAUGAGGCAGUGGCGAAGAUGCCCUGUGGAUCCAGUGGUGGCAAUUGUGGCGAUGGGGCACCGGGACGCAUGCUGCGCCUCGCACCCGUAGGGACUUCCGAGCAAAACCCGACAUGUGGCCCGGAGGCCCGAUUUCUUUUCGGCUACGAAAGGCCGGAUCGCACACGCUGGCUCGUUGAACUCGAUGGCGACUGCAACGAGGUCACGGAGAAGCUGGAUGUCACCCAGCACACGCACUGGCCGCUCUACCAGGACUGGACAACCACCACAGACGGGGCCGUCGUUUGGGUCACAAGCUGGCACCCUGAUGUCACUGGCAGCCACGGCCCUCCCGGCAGCCCCAACGGAGUCUGGCCCUACAGUCCAAAACCCCGCUUGUCCGAAGAGGCGCCUGAAGCCGGUGAGUAUCUUUACGGCCUGACUCCUCAGGCCAUCAACAAGGCCAAGGUUACCGUCUACUAUCCUCUCGGCGAGCUGGGGUCCAUGACAACCAGCGGCGCAACUGCUGCCAGCACCACUGCCACCACCACCACCACCACCACCACCACCACCACCGCUGGCACCACCAGUAUGUCCACGGCACGCCUGGUACCCACGUCCACUGUGGAUUCAGAGCCAGCCAGAUUCGAGACUGUCGAGAAUCGAGCGAGCCACAUGGCCCGCACAUGGCUUCUCAUUACUGCACUACUCGCCCCAUCCUCAAUCUUUGCUCACCAAGAAGUUCAUGGUGUAGGUGACUUCUCCGUGGCUGCUUUGGGUCACAAGGGUGGAAAGAAGUGGGACAUUGUGAUCAAUGGGAAGACUGUCAAAGAGGACUAUGUCGGUAAGUGGGCUCAUCACCACACGGACAUCUACGACUUUAAGUGCAUUCCCACAAGGGCUGGCAUGAUCGAGGUCUCACUCGUGGCCAAGGACAGCAAUAAGCCCCAGGCCAGGUUCUCAACCUUGGAGUUUGUCAAGUCCACGGAGGGCUGCGGCGAAUGCGAGGGCAGGUUCUGUGGCAAGGGCUUGUGCACUGCCUCGAGUUUCUAUGAUCGAACGUUGGAGGGCGGAUGGGGGGCGAGGUGGACGUCGCUUCUCCCGAACCAGUUUGAAACGGAGGAACCACAGAGCCUGUUGGCGUGUGCUUGUGAUGAAGGAGUGGGAGGCGAUUCUUGUGAGGUUGGCGUUUGCGCAACAGUAAACUGCAACGAACCCUUCGGGGGUUUCUGCAACGAGACUGGCAUUUGCACCUGCAUCAAUGGCUACCACGGUGAGCACUGCAACAUCAGCCCCGAGCUGGACCAAUUCGGCUGCUAUGAGGACCACAUGGUGUCGGGCCGCCUGACGGUCUCCACUGUGUGCCUGCCCGAGCUCAUCGCUGGCCCGGCUCGCCAUGGCAACCUCUUCCGCGGGCCUUCCCAGAUGAGCACGGUUUCUGACAAGGUGCGGCCGGACUACGUGUACUUCUCCUGGACAGCAGACGUUCCGUAUGGCAGGCCUGACGUUGCGCCGGGCAGCGAGGGCCGAGUCUACGUCAGCAAGCUCAAGGUGCCUUGGAAAGGUGCACCUGUCUUGGAGGAGAGCUUUGCCUUUGAAGGCUUCGUCCGUGCAGGCGGCAUUGAUAUGACAGAAGACGGAAUCCUGGGCACAAUCUGCGCCAAGUACUGGCAACCUUGGGUGGAUAACAAGAACAGCCACUUGGACAAAGUGGCCAUGGUGGUGGCUGUGUGCGAAGUGAACAGCAGCACCAUGGAGAAGCACAGGUUGCCGUGGCAGAUUGGCAAGCAAUACCAGGAGACAGUCACUGCCCCAAACACGGGAAUAUGGGGCAGCUAUCCCACGUCUGCAUGGUGGGCUCAGCGCUCCGCAGGCUACGGCUACCUGCUGUAUGCCCCGGAACAGCGGAUGUGGACGGCCUGGUACGGGGCCACUGUAGAUCACCACACCGGCUAUGCUAUGCACACCUACCACCGCGAUGCGCCAGGGAUCAGCGACGAGGAGUACGCGGCCUACAAGUACCCAGUGCCUCGGGACAUGGUGGAGCCCCGCCAGGAAGCGGAUGGUCCUUGGCGGGACUACCACCGCACGGGCACAGGCGAUCACCAGAAGUCAGCGGCCUGGGCAUACCACCCUCUUUUGAAGGACAUUGGCCUCUACAAGCACGAGUAUGGCCCUGCAAGAAUGCAGCAGUAUGGCCUGGCGCAGGAGCCCAUCGGGAUGUCGCCCGCCGGAAACUUCCGGUAUGUAGGGCACAAAGGCGGCAUGGAUUUGAAGUUUCCACAGGAUGAAGGCUAUGAUUAUGGCUACGGCGACGAUGAGUCCGACAAAGCCUUGCAAGCCAAUGCCAUUCGGCCAUGUGGGGAGGAUUGGAUCCUGGCGUUUCCUUCGGACAAGGGCAACGUUUGCGCGCAGAUCACACGGCUCGGCGAGAUUAACAUCUGGAAGGUCAUCGAUGAGGCAGUGGCGAAGAUGCCCUGUGGAUCCAGUGGUGGCAAUUGUGGCGAUGGGGCACCGGGACGCAUGCUGCGCCUCGCACCCCUAGGGACUUCCGAGCAAAACCCGACAUGUGGCCCGGAGGCCCGAUUUCUUUUCGGCUACGAAAGGCCGGAUCGCACACGCUGGCUCGUUGAACUCGAUGGCGACUGCAACGAGGUCACGGAGAAGCUGGAUGUCACCCAGCACACGCACUGGCCGCUCUACCAGGACUGGACAACCACCACAGACGGGGCCGUCGUUUGGGUCACAAGCUGGCACCCUGAUGCGCCUGAAGCCGGCGAGUAUCUUUACGGCCUGACUCCUCAGGCCAUCAACAAGGCCAAGGUUACCGUCUACUAUCCAAACGGCGAGCUGGGGUCCAUGACAACCAGCGGCGUUUGGACAAAGCCGGGUGGCAUUGGGACGACGAAAAGUUUGGACGGGUUUACUUGCCUUCGCUUUGAGCCUCCCGGCGCCUUUGCCUUCCGAGCUGUGGAUGGCGGAGAGAACCGUGCCUGUCGCGGAGCGACUCCUGGCGACAACAACCCGUCCUAUAUGAAAGUCUUGACGAAACAUCGCCUCUUCGAUUGCAAAGAAGCCUGCCUGGAAGAUGCCGAAUGUCGAGGCAUCGAAUUCUCCCCAGGACGUUGCGAGGUAUGGACUCGGGACGCUGGCAUCCAGGCCAGCGUCGUUCUGGAAGGCUUCACCUGCCUGGCCCGACCCUGGACCUUCCAAAGUUUUGCAGCUGUCAAUGGCGAGAAUCAGGCAUGUCGCGGAGCUACUCCCACAGACAACUCCGUGACCUACUACGAGGUAGUCGGAGACACGUCAUUGGACGCCUGCAAGUGGUCCUGCGUGGGUCGGGGCUCUGAUUGCAAGGGCAUCGAAUUCUCCGCAGGCCGCUGCGAGGUGUGGAUUCGGAUGCAAGGGAUUGCAGCCACCUGGCCCGUCCAGGGCUUCUCCUGCUUACGCUACUCGCCCCAGCCUCAAUCCCUUCUCGCCAAGAAGUCCAAGUCCCGCAAGACGUCGUUCUUGGGCCCGUCCUUUGUGCAAACUGCCUAUGCCUCUGACAGGCAGGCCGAGGUCUUCUCCUUGACGAGUGUUGAGGAGUCAUCCAAAGAGCUAUAA